GGUGGGGUGGCGUGUACUUUCACACGUAGUGGCCUGUGUUCCCAUUUGUGAAAUUGCUGCAAAAUAUUUGCGGCCAUUAUACUUUCUACCUGAUUGAUUCCCUAUAAUCAUAUUAGGAUCAAAUUCCUGAUUCCCCAUUCGUACCCUCACCCUUUUUUUCUCUCUUUAUCUUCUCUCUCUAACACACAUAUAGUAGCACAGUUUUCCAUAUUCUUCAACUCCUAAUUCAUCCAUUUGUGCUUCAAAAACUGACAAUUUUAUAGCUUAGAGGUCCGGCCGUUUUUUCAAACUCCGUGGAUAGCGAGAGCUUUAGUUUAUCGAGCUGGAUUUUGCAAUUUGGGUUUUGAUUCAUGUUUAUUUGUACUUACAAGAAUUGUUAAUUAUAGCUCAAAAGGCUUGUGGGCUUUGUUAAUUAAUGGUUGUUUUUGAAUCAGUUUCAACAACUGUUAAUUAUAGCUUAAAGGGUCUUUUGGGUUUUUGUAAUUAAUGAUUUUCGAACUGUUAAUUAUAGCUCAAAGGGCUUGUGGGUUUUGUUAAUUAAUGGUUUUUGAAUCAGUUUCUGCUAUUACUCUUGAUUUCCCUCAAGUAUUUUUAGUAUACCCAUCUCCUUGUCCAUGUAAAAGCAAUGCCAAUACAUUGUUUACGAGGAGGAGGGGGAAAAGGGGUUUGAGGAAAUUGGGUUCGGAUUUGGAUUUGGAUUUGUUUCGUGGGAAAUGGGUAAUUCGGGCUUGUGUGAAUGGCGGAGACCACCAUAAACACCAUAAUUUUGAUAUAAAUAUUGCGGAUAAUGCUAGAAGAGGAGCUAGGAAUGUUGUAAUUAAGAGAUUUGCUGAUGAAUUGGAUGCUUAUGGAAGAGUUUCUGAGGAAUUAGUGGAAGGUUCGAGUAACAAUUUUGCUAAUUUUCAAGAAGACCCUUUUGUAGAUAAGCUAAGGACUCAACUAGGGGUGAUGCAUCCAUUGCCUUCACCUCCAAUAAAUCGGAAUGUUUUUGGUCUUUUUGUAGUGUUUUUCUUUGUUGGUGUUGUUUUUGAUAAGGUUUGGACAUCAAGAAAGAGUAAUUUUAAGCCAAACAAUGGAGGGAAUUCCGGGAAAUGGCCGUUGGUUCCAGCGAAUCUUUCUUCAUUGUUGGAAAAGGAUUUGCAAAGGAAAGAAUCUGUAGAGUGGGUAAACAUGGUGUUAGGGAAGUUGUGGAAGGUUUAUAGGCCUGGGAUUGAGAAUUGGAUCAUUGGUUUGCUUCAGCCUGUCAUUGAUAAUCUCAAAAAGCCUGAUUAUGUUCAGAGAGUCGAGAUAAAGAAAUUCUCGCUCGGGGAUGAGCCUCUUUCUGUUAGGAGUGUGGAGCGGAGAACUUCUCGUCGAGUCAAUGAUUUGCAGUAUCAGAUAGGCAUCCGAUACACUGGUGGUGCUCGCAUGCUGUUAAUGCUGUCGCUAAAAUUUGGAGUUAUCCCCAUUUCUGUGCCAGUCGGUGUACGGAACUUUGACAUUGAUGGCGAACUCUGGGUCAAGUUGCGAUUAAUACAAACAGAGCCUUGGAUUGGAGCUGUUUCUUGGGCUUUUGUUUCCCUUCCAAAGAUAAAGCUUGACUUGUCACCAUUCCGUUUGUUCAACCUAAUGGCGAUUCCUGUUCUAUCAAUGUUUUUGAAGAAACUUCUUACAGAGGAUUUACCUCGUCUCUUUGUCCGUCCGAAAAAAAUUGUGUUGGAUUUUCAAAAAGGCAAGGCAGUUGGCCCUGUUCCGAGUGAACCCAAGUCUGAUCAAUAUGAACAACCUAACGCUGGAGAAAUGCAAGAAGGAAAUAAGGAAUUUGCUGGAGAACUAUCAGUGACUCUUGUUGAUGCAAGGAAACUCUCUUAUAUCAUCUAUGGCAAAACUGAUCCAUAUGUCAAUCUAAAACUCGGAGAUCAAGUAAUACGCAGCAAAAGAAACAGUCAAACUACUGUCAUUGGACCUCCUGGAGAACCUAUAUGGAAUCAGGAUUUUCACAUGUUUGUCACAAACCCUAGGGGACAAAAGCUAUAUAUAGAAGCAAAGGACACCCUUGGAUUUACAGAUUUGACUAUUGGCUCAGCGGAGGUUGAUCUGGUAUCGCUCGAAGAUACUGUACCAACAGACAAAAUUGUGGUCCUCAGAGGUUGGGGACUACUGGGACCAAGGCCUGUAGGAGAGAUUUUACUGCGAUUGACAUAUAAAGCUUAUGUUGAAGAUGAGGAGGAUGAAAGGACUGAAGCAAGAUCCAAGGAUUUGGAUGCUUCAGAUGAUGAAUUAUCUGACUUUGAUGAACGAGAUAUUGCUGUCUAUGAGGAUCGUGGAAAGAGUGUGUCAAGUGGAACAGAUAAAGAAUCGUUUAUGGAUUUAUUGGCAGCAUUACUUGUCAGCGAGGAAUUCCAAGGGAUCGUGGCAUCUGAAACAAGCAAUACUAAAUCUGUAGAUGAUUUUAAAACUAGAGUGUCAACAUCAAGACAACGUACUCCUGCCAGAUCUGAACAGCAAACUUCUGAUACUCCUGAAAUUUUUGGAGAGUCGGCCCUGUUUUGGCUAGCGAUAAUUACAAGUAUCUCAGUUCUAAUUGCUCUCAAUGUCAGCGGUUCUAGCAUUUUCAAUCCGUGAAUAAUGAAACAAAAUAAAUUGAUAGCCCCUGGUAAAGAAUGCAAUAUAGAGCUUCUGCUGGAAUUAUUCUGGCAAACCAGACAGUUGUCACCACUAUAAGUUUGCCCGAACGGAAACCUUAUCAAAGUCCUUACCUUCUGCUGGUCUUCCAUUCGAGGCUGGCCGACUGUAUCCUCCAUUAUCUGUCAACCAUUGUACACUCUCUUAACAUAUUAACCAGAUCAAGUACCAAACACUGCCCCCACCCCCACCCCCACCCCCACAACCCCAAUAGAAAAUGAAAGGAAUCCCCAGACACACUUAGAAGAGAAGAGAACAUCAAAAAAAUAUAUGUUACAAUGAGGUAUAUAUUCUUUUGGCGGCAAAUUUUGGCCAUCCUUGUACUCUUGUUUUUAGUUACAUCCUGUAACUCCUAACCCUCCCCCCCCCCCCCCCCCCCCUCCCCCCCCCCUCUUCUAUCUUUCUGUGUGUACGCGCGUGUAUAGUCGUCAACUGUCACAACUAUAGUGGCACAAUGAGGUUUUUGACUUUACAAGUCCCCGUGUUAUUCAGAUUCAGUUGUGAGGGUGUACUAAGCCGUUGAAACUAGUGAAAUAGUUGUUACAACUA